AUGGAACCUGGAAGUUUUAGUUCGGUAUUUGGUACGUUUACCUUCAACGACUUUCAACAUUAUCCUAGAUGAUACUGAGUUCAGGAACUGCUAUUCUAGUUCAAAAAGCGAUGGUGGUGAAGAAAAUACUUUCGAUUGUCUUGAAAGCAAGAUUACAUCGAAAAUUAGCAGGUAUUAAUGUUUUAGAAUCUUGUUUGAAUAUCCCAGAGUCUAAUAUGCUGCCAUUUAUAGCGUGGAACCGAGCGGAAGACGAAAGCUUCACCAUGAGCCGGUUAUACCUAAAGACAUUUUCUCAAACUCAACCCAGCUCAGUCAUACAGAUAGCUACAACUCAGGCGAACAAGACUUUAAGGAAAAUGUAAAUCUGAGAAACCCUAUCCGCAAGAAUAAACCCUGGGAGCAAUUCGCGCACAAUUAUUACCGCUUCAAUCAUUUGGUUGGUUUUCGAUAACUGUGGACGGUCGAUUAUUAUGUGUCUUGAUUGAAUAUGUUUCAGCCUAAUUCGCCACAUGAAAAUGAAGGAAAAAAGAAAAAACGAAAAAAUCAAAAACAUUGUAAGUCUAUUAUUUUCGAUGUCGUUUAGGUCCUCUGAAGUUACCAGCACUCAACAAGCGCUAGCAAAUAAAAACCCAAAAUUUGUUAUCUAAAUUUACCAGUUGACCACUUUUUUUCGCAUUUUUCUGCGGCAAAAUGACUUUUCGCCGGGUUGCGAACGCAGUUUUUUUAUCGCUCUGGACUUAUCAUCGGCGCGAAUUUUUGGAUUUGAAUCUCGAGAGUUCCGAUGCAUGGAAAAUAAAUCUGAACGGCAUUGUCUCUCCCAUUUCACCAUGACUCGACUCCAUCUUGCAGCCGACCGGGCCCCGGCUCCCAGAAUCAAUUCCACCAACGGAUUCAUUGAUGAACGACGCAAAGCAAAAGAAUACACGGCGCCUCCAGUGGACCACCAGACGGCCGAGGCCGACCUUCGGCCCACCACAAUGGCCAGAUUGGAUCAUCUGAGUGCACAAAUAUACGACUUCCAUCGACGACAUGAACAGUCCAUGAAUUCAUUGAACGAAAAGCUACAUCUCCGGGAUCUUCUCUAUUACGCGAUCUCUCCGCACUUUCCCGGGUGUGGCCUUUACAUUGUGGGAUCUACUUUGAACGGAUUUGGUUCAAAUUCAUCGGAUAUGGACUUGUGUUUGAUGAUCACCCCCAGAGACGUAAGUAUGUUUCUUUGUUUAGUUUUGGGUUUUUUUAGAUUUCUUAUGGCUUAGUUUCAGUUGGAUCAGCGAGUUGACGCAAUCUUGGUGUUGACCUCGGUCAUGGGACAUCUAAAAGAUCUUCCUUGGGUCAAGGAGAUGGACCUCAUAUUUGCCAAGGUACCGAUCCUCCGUGCUACUUUCAAUCCGCCCUUUGAGAAGAUUGUGGUCGAUUUGAAUGCCAACAAUUCAGUGGCCAUUCGCAAUACUCAUCUUUUAUGUUACUAUUCGGCUUGUAAGUGGUUGAUGUUUUAAUCAUGACUGCUUUAGUCGAUUGGAGAGUCCGUCCAUUGGUCUGCGCAGUCAAAGGAUGGGCCAAGAAACGGGGGAUCAACGAUGCGAACCAAUCCUCUCUGACCUCUUAUUCUCUGGUAAUGAUGGUCAUCCACUAUCUUCAAUGUGGCGUUAGUCCCGCCGUUAUCCCAUCGCUUCAGCAGCUCUUCCCUGAUCGUUUUGGAAAUAAGAUUGAUGUUCGUUCUUUGAAUGUUACGUUACCUUUAGACUCUAUGGAUUGGCAACAUGGGCGGAAUAUGAUGUCAUUGGGAGAACUUCUUCUGGGUUUUCUCCAUUAUUAUGCACAUUGUUUUAAGUAUGUUUUAUCUCGGUUUAUUGUCAAUGGAAAUUUGGAAAGGCUUUUAAUGGAUGAACCUUAUAGUUUUGAUACAAUGGCAAUUAGUGUUCGUCUUGGACGUGCUGUUGACCGUGCAUAUGUGGCUAAGAACAAAUCCCCAUUCAACUCUCUCUCUCAGUGGAGAUGUAUCUGCAUUGAAGAACCCUUCACCUACUCUAACACUGCUCAUUCAGUAUUCGAUGAGCGAGUCUUCAGUUGCAUCAAACAGUCAUUCGAAGAGGGAUACAAUGCUCUCGUCGCCGAAAGAGAUCUGGGCGUUCUGAUCCAAACCGAGCCUAUCAGAUUGGGAGAGUGAGUUGCAUUGUACCGUUGAUGAGUUGAUUUUAGGGGCGUGCCGAUCGGAUUCCGCCAUUUCCGUGUUCCAGUCAUCCGUUACGACCGGGAGAAUCAUGAGGCCACCGAGAAGAAGAUUGUCCAAACGGUGGCGUCCUUCCAUCUCGACAAGACUAAAUAAAAAAUCCUACCCAUCCAGAAGUGUCCACAGCAUCAGUCAUAUCUAAAAACACGACUCUUCCAGGUACUAACGGGUGGAAUAAAUAGGAAAUACUUAUCUAAUAUCUAUAGUAAAUAGUUUUUAGUUAGUGUAA